AUGCUCUUCAUGCCCACUUUUGACAUUUUACUGCUGAAAAUGCUGGCUGUUUUUCUUCACAAGCCUUUGAGACCUACUGAUAAGAAAUCCAGGAUUAAGAAGCAUCUUGGACCACUGUUAACAUCUGCUGAAAGUGCAGCAGGAUCUGCUGCUGCUGAAAGCCCUAAGGAAGCUGAGGACAUAAUAUGGACCUCUAGUGGCAGUGAUUUUUCAGAUCAUGAAAAUAAAACAUUGAUUCCAAGGUUACACAGCAAAAAAAGUCAUGCUUCUAAAACAGAGGAAUCACCUAGCAGAGAUGAUUUAUUGUUAGAGGACAGCAGUAGUCAAGAUGAAUCAGAGUUCAUUGAUUGGGAGAAGGAUAGUGAUUCUACCAAUAGGUGUGAUGGAUCAGAAAAAGAUGACAGCUCACUGGAGAUAUCGGAUUCGGACUCUUGCACAAAUCUUAAUUCUCUGUCUGUCAAAGAGAAGAAUGAUGACCUUUGUAAGACAACUUCAACAGAAAUUUCUGAGUAUUCAUCCGACAAUGACAGCGUGGGAGAACGAGAGACUGGCCUGGUGACCACUACUCCAGGAUCUGCUAAGAGAUUACGGUCGAGGUCAGGAGUGGACACAAGGGAUGUUACAGCACGACCGGCCAGCGAGUGGCUGAAGUCUGCACGGGCCCUUCUCCGCACCCCUGGGAAACAGGUGGGCAAGGCCCCCCGAGCCCCUGCCGACUCCGCAAAGAAGAGGAAGCUACUGAGGGGCGGGCUAGCUGAGAGGUUAUGUCGACUGCAGAACAGAGAAAGAUCUGCCAUUAGCUUUUGGAGGCAUCAGUGUAUUUCAGAUGCUAAAAUCCCCUCAGGUAAUAAAUCUGGUGUCUUAAUUGUGAAGAUCUUAGAAAUGUUUGAGGAGUGUACAAUACAAGUUGCCAUCUGCCAGCAGCUGAAAGAGCGUCCUACUACGCUUUCAUCCGAGGAUGCUGUCAUCAAUGCAGGAGAACCAAUACUCAAAGUCCUCUUUGCGAGAGAGACAGCAGCUCACCUGAAGAGCCGGCCACAGGAUGUCAUCCACAUCUACCCUCCAUGGUUAUGCCUCCUUGUCCAGGAUGCCUAUGGUAUGUUCAGUGAAGUGCAGUUGCAGUCCCUGAGUUCUGCAGAUGACAUUGAGCAGUAUUGCAGGAGAUGGGAAGGAAAAUUCUGCUGCCUAGCUGGAAUGAAAAUUUUGCAAAGAACCACAAGAGGAAGGGCAUUAGGACUUUUUAGUCUGAUAGACAGUCUGUGGCCUCCAGUAGUGCCUGUAAAAGUUCCUGGACAAAGUCAAGACUCUGAAAUGAUGACAACUAAUCUUCCUCCUCCCAGCUUCUGUUAUAUUCUUACUGUUCAGUCUGGUGAAGUACAUGUGGAAGUGGAUGAGGAAGAACAGAUUUCUGAUUUGUACCAGCCACCAGCUGUUCAUGGUCUAAAGGAAAUUCUUCAGAUCGGUGGUUGUAAUGAACGUUGUAGCUUUUGGGCGCGAGUGCUAUAUCUAAGGCUGCAGACAAAACACAGUGUUCCUGUAAGUCAAAGAGAGAUUUGGUUGUUUGUGACUGACUCCACAUUGCAAAAUGGGGUUCAUAUCACUCCAAAAGUUGUUGCUGUGUCAGUCGCUGCAUCGUUUGUUCUCAGUACGGAAAUCACAGAAACCCUCAGUGUUGCCUCGCAACUUGUCUUCUUCAAGGAUGCGCUGUGGGGAAAUGGUAGGAUUAUUUGUGUUGAACGUACUGUUCUCUUAUUACAAAAGCCUCUUUUGUACUCGGCUGCCGGUGCUGACCUCAGUGAGCUGACUGGCCCUGUCAGACUCGAUGAGCUGGAUUCUACAACACAGGCCAACUCCGUUUGUGCUGUAAGAGGUACUGUUGUUGGAGUUAAUGAGAGCACUGCUUUCUCCUGGCCUACAUGCGACAGAUGUGGCAAUGGAAAGUUGGAACUGUGUCCCCAGGACAGAGGUUUACCAUACUGCCACCAGUGCUCCAAAGUUGUCGUUUCACCAGUUUUGAAAAUGCAGCUGGAAAUCUUCUUGAGUUGUCCAUCCCGUUCUCAAAGCACAGUAAAAGUAAAGCUGUUACAAAAGACAAUCUCUUCUCUCCUGACGUCCUCCGCCAGUGAGGAUGGGAGUUAUGAGGUGCAGAGCGUGCUGGGAAAGGAGGUGGGGUUACUGAACUGCUACGUCCACUCCGUAACCAGCCACCCCAACUGUGUCGCGCUGGAGGAAAUCGUUCUUCUGGAAGCAGUGGCAAGACACUGA